AUGUCGGCCCCUGUGCCUUCCGUCGGUGAACUCACCAAGGAGAAGGCCAUGCCACUGCCACGUCAGAGUGAACGGACCGCCUUUGGCCUUUCCCUGUCGCCAAAACAAGGCGACGAGAGGCAACCACGGAACCCUGACACUCACAAGCAAGCUAGAGCACCGAGUGGUUUGCUCCCGGGCAGUGGUGUUGCCUGA